AUGGCACCUCGCAAAGCUGCCGCGUCGUCGGGCGCAAACAAGGGCCCGGCCAAGCCUGCCGCCGCGAAUGGCACGGCCAAAGCGAAGCCUGCCCCGAAGAAAGCCGCACCCGCCCCUAGAGCCCCCCGUACACAAAAGCCUGCGCCCACUGUUGAAUCCGAGGAAGAGUCCGUAGACCACGUCAAUGGCGACGCCGGCAGCGCCGACGACUCCGAUGCCGAUCUCGAGCCCAAGAAGAAGGCGCCCGCGCCCAAGAAGGCCGCUCCGCCGAAGACUAUACCCGGCUUGAGGAAGGACCCUGCCCGCAAAGCUCCCACAAAGAAGGCUGCACCGGCCAAGGAGGCACCCGUCAAGAAAGCGCCCGUCAAGAGGAAGGCUGAGGUGAACGGCGACGAGCCCUCCGACGGCGAGCGGCCCGCCAAGAAGCGCAAGGAUCGCGAGGAGAAGCCUGUUGACAAGACCGUCAAGAAGCCCCGUGUCCGUCGCGUCGUUCCUCCUCCCGAGCCAGAGGCCGCCGGCGCGGCCAUCAACAUCGGUCCCUCCAACCCGCUCGACGUUUUCGUCUUCGGCGAGGGAACCUCCGGAGAGCUGGGACUUGGUAGCGUCAAGUACGACGGCAAGAAGCCUAUUGACGUGAAGCGGCCCCGUCUCAACCACAACCUGAACGCGUCCACCGUCGGCGCCGUGCACGUUGCCUGCGGUGGAAUGCACGUUGCUGCUUUGACUCGGGAUAACAGGGUCUUCACCUGGGGAGUCAAUGACGACGGCGCUCUCGGCCGUAGCACGGCCUGGGAUGGCGGUGUUCGCAACGUGGACGAUGAGGAUUCCGAUUCUGAUGAUGACGAUACCGGUAUGAACCCCAUGGAGAGCACUCCCGCUGAGGUGGAUCUGUCCAGCGCUCUUGUCGGCACCGUCUUCGUGCAGGUCGACGCCUGUGACUCGGCUACCUUUGUCCUCAGCGCAGACGGCAGGGUAUACGGCUGGGGUACCUUCCGCGGUUCGGACGGCAUCAUCGGCUUCUCUGAAGACGUCAGAAUUCAACGCACCCCUGCCUUGAUUCCCGGCCUGACGGAGAUCACCAAGAUCGCAGCUGGCGCCAACCACGUUCUCGCCCUCGACAGAUGGGGCAAGGUCUACACCUGGGGUAGCGGUGGGCAGUUCCAGCUGGGACGCAAGGCUAUUAGCCGUCAUGGCGGUCUCCAGGCUGGUUUGAAGCCCGAAGCCUGUGGCCGCUUCACCAAGAAGCACUAUGCCGUCGACAUCUCGGCCGGCUCCUACCACAGCUUCUACCGCGAUAACCACGGUGAGAUCUGGGCCUGGGGCUUGAACAACUAUUCUCAGACUGGCCACACCGACGACACUGGCAAGGAUGACGCCAUGGUUCUCGUCCCCAAGCCCGUCGAAGCUCUGGACGGCCGGAAAGUCAUUUCUAUUUCUGGCGGUAUGCAUCACUCGGUCGCAGCUACGGAGGACGGCCAACUUCUCAGCUGGGGUCGCAUCGACGGCAACCAGGUCGGCCACCCCUCAUCAGUCUACACUGAGGAUAACACCGUCUUCGAUGACCAUGGCAAGCCUCGUAUCCUCUCGGAACCAACCCAGCUCAAAGGUAAAUACUCUUCCGCCGGCUGCUCUUCGGCGCCCGUUCCUAACAUGCUUGCAGGUGUUCAUGCUACCUCUGUUGCUACCGGCACCGACACCAGCUUUGCGAUCGAUAAUGAGGGCAAGGUGUGGUCGUGGGGCUUCUCUGCCAACUACCAGACUGGCCAGGGCACAACAGAUGAUAUCGAGGCCCCUACCGUCAUUGACAACACUGCCAUCCGUGGCCGCAAGAUCAUCUGGGCCGGAGCUGGUGGCCAGUACUCCAUGAUCGCUGCCGAGGCGGACAUGGCGGCUGCUCAGCCCAAUGGUGCCUAA